GAGCGCCUCUCUGGGAUGCAUUCUGUAUGCGGGAAGAGAAUCAGUCCUCCAAUGGAAGUACAUAAAAGCACCGUCCUCCAACAGACUAACAGCAGCAGCAUGUGCGAAUCGACGCAGAGGUCCUGCGAGCCUCGGCGGAAGAGAACGGAGGAGCGCAGCGCUCCGUCAGAGAUGGCUAGGAUCAUCACCGACCCGGCCACGGGGAAGUGCUACUGCCGGGGGAAAGUUUUGGGAAAGGGAGGAUUUGCUAAAUGUUAUGAGAUGACAGACCUCUCCACCGGCAAAGUUUACGCAGCGAAGAUUAUCCCACAUGCGCGCGUAUCCAAGCCUCACCAGCGGGAGAAGAUCGACCGAGAAAUUGAGCUGCACAGAGUCCUGCACCACAAAAAUAUCGUGCAUUUUUAUCAUCAUUUUGAGGACAAAGAGAACAUCUACAUCUUGCUAGAAUACUGCAGUCGAAAAUCCCUGGCCCACAUUCUGAAGGCGCGCAAAGUGCUUACCGAGCCAGAAGUGCGGUAUUACCUGAGACAGAUUGUUUCUGGACUAAAGUAUCUGCAUGAACAAGAAAUUCUUCACAGGGACCUUAAAUUGGGGAACUUUUUUGUCAGUGAGUCGAUGGAACUGAAGGUCGGAGACUUUGGUCUCGCUGCCAAGUUGGAGCCAGCGGGAAACAGGAGGAAGACGAUCUGCGGGACUCCAAACUACUUGUCCCCUGAGGUCCUCAACAAGCAGGGUCAUGGCUGUGAAUCAGAUAUCUGGGCUCUGGGCUGUGUAAUGUACACUAUGCUUUUGGGCCGACCUCCAUUUGAAACCACCAACUUGAAGGAGACCUACCGGUGUAUAAGAGAAGCACGGUACUCGCUCCCUUCCUCGUUGUCACCGCAGGCGAAGCAGCUCAUUGCCAAUCUGCUGGCCAAGAUUCCAGAAGACAGACCCAAUCUAGACCAUAUUCUGAGACACGACUUCUUCACCCAGGGCUUUAGUCCAGAGCGUCUGUCGCCUAACUGCUGCCAUUCACCACCAGACUUUCAUGUCUCCAGUCCUGCAAAGAGCUUCUUUAAAAAAGCUGCUGCUGCACUGUUCGGUGGGAAGAGAGAUAAGGUCAAAUACUACGAGACCCUCAACAAGUUAACUAAGGAGGAGGAGGAGAUCUACAAACUACAGCACGACUUGGAGAGGACGGUCAUCAGUCAACAGCAGAGCAGAAAGAUGUCUGAGAAUGGAAGUCUACUUCCGCCAUCUGCCGGGAGCCCCGUUGCCUUAGCAACAGAGAGUCAGUCGCCAGCAACGCAAGACACCAUUCGUCUGAUCGUCAGGGGGAGUCUGGGCAGCUGUAGCAGCAGCAGUGAAUGUCUUGAAGACAACACAACAGGGAGCGUGGCUGAGACUGUUGCCAGUGUGUUAAGAGGAUGCUUAGAAAAUAUGCCUAAAGCAAAUGACACUCCUCAGACGUUAAACAGCUGCAGUCUUCAGUGGGUCACCAAAUGGGUGGACUACUCCAAUAAGUACGGCUUCGGCUACCAGUUGUCUGAUCACACCGUUGGCGUUCUCUUCAACAAUGGCACCCACAUGAGCCUCCUGCCUGAUAGAAAGACCAUUCAUUACUAUGCAGAGUUAGGCCAGCGCUCUGUCUUUCCCACUUGUGAGGUUCCUGAGCACUUUGUGGGCCAAGUGACUGUGCUGAAGUACUUUUCCCACUACAUGGAGGAAAACCUCAUGGAUGGUGGGGACCUUGGUACUACAACAGAUUCACACAUGCCCCGUCUCUACCUGCUGCAGUGGCUCAAGUCAGACCGCGCCCUCAUGAUGCUCUUUAACGACGGCACCUUCCAGGUUAACUUUUACCAUGAUCACACCAAGAUCAUCCUGUGCUGCCAGAAGGAUGAGUACAUGCUGACGUACAUCAACGAGGAACGAGUCUCUAAAACGUUCAAGCUCAGCUCCCUGCUGACGUCUGGCUGCCCCAACGACCUGCGCCAGCGCUUGGUGUACUCCCUCAAUAUGCUCCUUCAGAGAUGCAGCUAAACC